AUGUCUUCUCCACAAUCAUCCUCUUCAUCAAGCGAUGGCGACGAGGAACGUGCUAAAAAAUCUCUCAACUCAUGCAACAAUUUUGCCAAAUUGUUGAAGCUAUUGGUGAAUCGAAGUCGGAAACCCCUCUUCCUUGAAAAAGGGUGUCGUAGAAGGCGUACAUUCAUCGGGACCGUGAAGUCGGUCUACACCGACUCCAUUUUCUGGUGUCGAUUUCGUAUGCGGCAUGCAUUGUUUCUGCGCAUCGUCAACGCCGCGCAGUCCGAUCGGUAUCUACGGAUUGCGGAGUCCACCUCAUUGGAAUACCUGCGCAUAUUUUGUCGAAUCAUCAACCAACUCUUCGGCGCGGAAUACUUGAGGAGGUCGACUUCCGCCGACUGCCAAAGGCUUCUAGCAAUGCACGAGGAGAAGCACGGCUUCCCGAGAAUGCUAGGAAGCAUCGAUUACAUGCAUUGGGCAUGGAAGAAUUGUCCAACGGUGACUUCUGGUUCAAACAACGACAUCAACGUGCUCAACUCAUUGACGUUGUUUAACGAUCGACUAGAAGGAAGGGUUCCACUGAUCACAUAUCAAGUCAACAACUCCUACUACAAGAGUAGGUACUACUUGACCGACGAUAUCUACCCUAAUUGGCCUGUUUUGGUGAAGCGUCCUACACAUCCGACAGAUGCAAAGAGUAAGUGA